UUGUAUUUCUGCGAUAAACCCUCAGACAAGAUUUUAUCUUUCAACAGUUUGAUUUUACACACCGAAUCAAGCAUGUUAUUAAAAAUUGCGAACAGAUAUCCUUCGGUUUUGAAAUGGUGCAAUAGCAAAUUUUCCACAUCCACAGUUAGUUCAAAACUGAAAUGGGCACCUUUGCGAUGUGCACACAGUGGAUCGGUAAAUUAUAUCAGUAAAAUGACAGCUCCAAUUGUGACAGUAGAGGAGGGUCAAGUUAAAGGAAAAGUUGCUGAAAAUUAUCAAGGGGGCAAGUUUUACAGUUUUUUGGGGAUACCGUAUGCUAAACCACCAGUUGGAGACCUGAGAUUUAAGGCACCAGUCCCAGCAGAGCCUUGGAAUGGAGUCCUUGACGCAACACAAGAAGGACCCGAAUGUCCCUCCAAACACAUGUUUUUUGCUUACCAAAUCGGGUCGGAAGAAAACUGCUUGAAUUUAAAUGUGUACACCCGAAACGUUGAAAAUAAAAAUGGCUCUCUUAAGCCCGUCAUGGUUUGGGUUCACGGCGGUGCCUUUUUGUACGGCUCAAACAAAAGCGAAUUUUUCGGCCCCGAAUAUUUAAUGACUGAAGACAUUGUCCUGGUUGCCAUUAACUAUCGUUUAGGAGCCUUUGGGUUUCUCAGUUUGGAAGAUCCGUCUUUGGGAGUUCCAGGAAAUGCAGGAAUGAAAGAUAUGAUCCUCGCCCUCAAGUGGGUUCAAAGAAACAUCAAAAAUUUUGGUGGGGAUCCCAAUAAUGUCACUAUUUUUGGGGAAAGUGCAGGCUCUGCCUCAGUUCACUUCUUGUAUCUGUCACCAAUGUCGAAAGGGUUGUUUCACAAAGCGAUUUGUCAAAGUGGAAGUGCUUUGAAUUGUUGGGCUCAAGGUACCAGCAAUGGGAGAGUUUUGGCCAACGCUUUGGGGUACAAAGAAACAGACGAAAAGAAGAUUUUAGAAUACUUAAAAACACUUCCUCCACACCGACUUAUCAGAGCACAACACAAACCCCUAGAUAAUUUUACGGCACAUCUCACACGGCCUUUUUGUCCAGUUGUGGAAAAACCAUCAAAUGAGCCUGCUUUUCUCUCUCAGCAACCCAUUGACAUUAUCAAAGCUGGUACUUUUAACCAUGUACCAUUAAUAAUGGGUUAUGCUUCAAAGGAAGGUAUAUUUUUCGAAGCGGUCCGGAAACUACAACCAGGCGCCAAAAUUACAACAGAUUUUGAAACCGAAAUUCACUACGACUUGAAACUGGAAAAAGGAUCAGAAAAAUCGAAAGAAGUGGCUAACAAAAUCCAAAAGUUUUAUUUCGGUGAGGAAACUCCUUCCGAGAAAACCAUAGACAAUAUGUAUUUGCUUAAAACUGACACUCAGUUUGUUCACGGAAUCCACAGAAGUAUUUACCACCAAAAACAACACAGCACAGAGCCGAUUUAUUUAUAUCGAAUGUCCCUCGACACAUCUCUAAAUUAUUACAAAACGAUCUGCACAGCCAAAGCCUUACCUGUUCUUUUCCUUUUUUACUUCCUCUCGUACAAAUCCGGUGAAGGCAUAAAGAAGAAUUUCUUCAUGAAAAUUGCAAACUCCUUACCGAAUAAUCGACCAACGGGUGUGUGUCACGCUGACGAUCUCGGUUACCUAUUUCCGUCAUUUUUAAGUCCGAAAUUGCAACCAGAUAGUAUAGAAGAACUAUCAGUCCGAAGAUUCGUCAAAUUAUGGACAAAUUUCGCAAAGACUGGAAACCCAACGCCUGAAAACGAUCAGUUGUUGAUGAAUGUUCAGUGGAGUCCAGUGACCAAAGAAGAAAAUCACUUCAUAGAUAUAGGGAAAGAACUGAAGACUGGAACUAAUCCUGAUUUUGAACGCAUGCAGUUCUGGGAUACGAUCUACUCCAGUUGAUUUUAUAGUAUUUAACUAAAGUUUAUUAUACCUAAGAAAAAGUUUUUUAAUAAAUUAAGUGCACCUUUUUUAA